AUGACGGAGGCUGACGCCGCGAAGGGUGCGGCCACGGAGCCAAAGCCAGAAGACUUCAACAUCGAGGAGGCGCUGGAAGCUUUCCUUGCCGACGUGAGUAGCAAUGAGCUUCGGCUGCCGCCCUUGGAUCCAGAGCAGCGCAAGCAGGCCAAGAAGCUUGCGGAGAAGUAUCCAGAGAUCAAGUGUGAAAGCUACGGCUUCGGGGAGGAACGCAGGCUCCAUCUCUUCAAGACCCCAGCAGCGUUGAAAGCUGGCCUGGCAAAGGAAGGUUGCAGAGAAGGGCAGCGAACGGAGUGUGCUUCGGACCAGUCAACAGCCGUUUCAGGAGCAACUUCGCCCGAAUCUACAGAGGAUGCCUCCGGCGGUGCCUUUGAGGAGAUCGCGGCGUUGCCGUCGAACCUCUACCAGGUGCGGAACACUUUCAUCCACAUCGAGGAGAGGGGCGUGGCGGAUCAGCGCAACAUCCAGUCUAUGCCGCACGGCAUGUUCGGGCAGCGCCUGCAGGAGGAAGCCAUGCAAGGCGCACAAGACCGCGUUGCAGGCACAGAUGCCCCUCCUGCAGAGCCAGCUGUCAAGGCGACACCUCCGAUUCCGGAGGAGGUCGCCAACAAGGAGUUUGCUCCUGGCACAGAGGUGGUCAUCGAAGGACUGCAGAAAUUCCCCGCAUUCAACGGCCUUCGCGGAACCAUCCAGCUGUUAGACAAGGCUACAGGCCGCUACAACGUGCAGCUGGCCUCUACAGAUGGGCCGCUCGAUCAGAUCGCCAAGAUCAGAGGUGAGAACCUUCGAAUGUUGGUGCCGCCGCCUCCGCCAUUUGAGUCCAGCGUCACGGCCCAGGACUCAGAAGGCCUCAGGGAGUGCAGCUUUCGCGUAGAGAUCGGUGGCUCCGUCAGCGAUGCACGCAAGGCCUGGUGUCUGUUGCAUGUCCUUCGCUUUGUGAGUCCAAGAGUUAUUUGGAUUCCCAUGGCCAGGGCGCCAGACUUCGUUCCGAUGCAGCGAAUGGGCUUGACAAGCGUUCCGCCUGCUCCUCUGUGGCAGGAGAAGCAUCGUGGCAUGUCGUACAGUUUGCAGCUUAUGCGAAGUGGCCCACACUGCCGGUCUCCGCAAGCUCUUGCAGGAGCGCCACCCAGUGCCUCCGCCGAUGUACGCAGAGCCUCGGCCAAGCGCGCCUGUGUUGUCAAAUUGUCCUUUACGGGGCGCUCCCGGGUGGUAUCCUCCCGUUCCGCCUCCGGUAAAGUAUGCAGCGCGCUGACCAUCGUAUUUCGACCGAAUCCGAAUUGGCGCCUUGGCGGAACGUUUGGACUUCGGACCGCAUCGGGGCCGUCUGGCCCACGUGGUCAGAGCUCCAUCAGCUGUGCGAACGGGUCGAGUGGCACAGACUCAUGCAAGGUCGACAGGCAUUUACGAAGGCUGCAGUUUGAAGGUGUCGAGGUGGUACAGCAUUUGAGCCCCGAGGGCAAGUCUGAGAGUCCAGCAGAUCCAGGCCUCCCUGCCCAUCUCGCAGAGCAUGCUGAGCCAGAGAACGGGCCAGAGACUUUCAACAUCCAGGCUCUGGAUGCUUUCCUUGCCGAUGCCAAGAAGCUUGCAGAGAAGUAUCCGGAGAUGAAAUGCGAAAGCUAUGGCUUUGGAGAGGAACGCAGACUGCAUUUGUUCAAGACCACUGCAGCGUUGAAAGCUGGUCUGGCGAAGGAAGGCUCCAAAGAAGUGCAGCAGACGGAGUGCGCUUCGGAUCAUUCAACUGCUGUUUCAGGAGCAGCCUCUCCAGAAAAGACAGAGGGCAUUACAGGUGGCGCCUUAUUUGAAGAAGUCGCGGCACUACUCUCAAAUCUCUACCAGGUGCGGAACACGUUCAUCCACAUCGAGGAAAAGGGUGUUGUCGAUCAGCGCAACAUCCAGUCAAUGCCUCAUGGCAUGUGCCUGGUCUGCAAGUUCGGAAGUUUCGGCAGUGCCUGCAGGAGGAAGCUGUGCAAAUCCCACAAGACGGUGCUACAGGACCCGAGUAAGGCUCCUGCCGGUUCUGGUGACAUGUGCGACUCAUUCGCUGCAAAGGAGUUCGCUCCUGGCACAGAGGUGAUUAUUGAAGGGUUGCAGAAGUUUCCUGCAUUCAAUGGCCUCCGCGGCACUGUUCAGCUGCUCGACAAAGCCACAGGUCGCUACAACGUGCAGCUUGCCGCUACCAAUACGAACAGGCCACCCGAGCAGAUUGCCAAGAUCAAAGGCGACAAUCUUCGGAUGUUGGUGCCGCCUCCUCCAUCAUUCGCCAGUGAAGAGAUCCCGUCCAAGAUGCACGCAAGGGCACCCGACUUCGUCCCGAUGCAGUGUAUGAGAAUGCCGAAUGUACAGCCAAAUGUACAGCCGAAUGUGCAGCCGAAUAUGCAGCUCAACGCGCAGCAGAACUUGCAGCAGAACUUGCAGCCGAGCAUGCAGCCAAACCCGACUUGGCAGGAGCCUGCCCUGACCAUCCAGCAGAGCUACGAUCCAUCCCAGUACUAUGCGUAUCAGCUCCUUGGCCUUUGCGAGUCUCCAACCGUGAUGAACUGCCUCCACCGUUGUCCGAGCGUGAAAGUGUCAGACGACAUGUAA